AUGUUGUGCGCGCCUAUCGAUCUCUUGGAUUUAGCCAACAAUCCGACCACGACCAACGUUAUCCGACCUGUGCACAUCAUGGGCUUACAUGUAUCGGUACGGCCAAUAGCAAUCCGGUUAGCAGCAUCCCAAUUGAAUUGCGUCGAGAUUAUCGGUGCAAUCUUGGAUCUUGCAGAGACUUCGACUAGUGAUGAUGUACGCGUGUUGUUGGAUCGAUUGACACUUCAAACUCCAGAAUUACUAUUACUCGGACUUGCUCAAUUACAGCCAAUUAGAAGUGGAUUACAUCGAGAUUUAUUGAUCAAGCUGCUCAGCAUUUUCUUGAUCGGCCACGCAAAUACUUCGUUGGUGAUAUCGAUUUUAUGGCGCGUUCAACCAACGUUACUGCUCGAAGGGCUUUUGGACAUGUACAAGAAGGAUCCGACUUCAGUGCCACGAAUUCUUGAUAUUGCACAGGAAGCAAAGAUCUUGGUUCAUAUAUUACAUGCCGACGUACCAUUUUUCACACUUGAUCUGGCGGCUCUUGCUGCUCGGAGACAAAAUCUGAACUUAGCGAAAUGGUUGACAGAACGACUUAGCGAAGAUGGUGCACCGUUUGCAGUUGCAUGUAUCGACUUCCUGGAGAAAAAGUGCACCGAUGAAAUGGUUCGCCAUUCUCAAGGAGGCAGCAAUGUGGCAUCAGUGCAUUUGUCUAAAGGCAUCGUUCGAAUCUUUUUCCGUGUCUUAUCAGAAAGUCCUCUUCCUCAACAAGAAGGCGAGAAACUCUGGAAAAUUAUGCAGUUUUAUUCUCAGAUGCUUUCCCAGCUGGACGAUGACAGUCCCUCUGAAGAGCGCUCGUUACCGCCUGGAUACGGUCCUGACAUGAAUAGCGAUCCAUCCGCAGAGAUCGAAGACAUGGUCCGAUCCUAUUUUGAGCGACUGUAUACUGCCGAACUGUCCGCCGAACAGUUCAUCACUGUGCUCCAUGCUUGUCAUGAUUCAAAGGAUCCUAAGCAAGUGGAUUUUUUCUCCUGCACUGUGCAUACCUUGCUUGACGAAGCACGGUUCUUUAACCAGUAUCCCGACCACGAGCUUGCUGUUACGGGCAAAUUAUUCGGUUUAUUGAUAGACAGACAUCUGAUCUCAUUCUCGUUACUACGUCUCGCGCUCAAACACGUACUCGACGCAUUGAAUCACCCACUUGGCACAAAAAUGUUCAAUUUUGGCGUGCUUGCUUUGGCACAGUUCCGAAACCGCUUGUCCGAAUGGCCGCAAUAUACCAUGCUGCUAUCCAAGAUUGCCGGCCUCAGAGAAUACCCACCUGUUAUGGACAGUAUCGCGACUACUCUACAGCACCUUGCAAGCACGGCUAACAUCGAUAGCGAAGGAAGGAUCUUGAACUCGCCAUCUGUGUCUGAAAGGACCAAUGCCUCUUCUUCGGCAACAACGAUAGCAGCAAGAGAACAGAAACAAGCAAGACAACAGCAAGUCGAUAACAAUGGCAUCAGCAGCCCCGGUAUGAAACAACAAGCUGGCAGCGUUUUGCUGGAAAAAGCAUCAUCGUCACCCAAUUCAAACACGUAUACUCCACCACCAUCUGACGUGCAAGAGAAAAUUGCGUUCGCUAUCAAUAACCUUUCCUUAAGUAAUCUGGAAGACAAGGUUGCGCAGGUGGAUCCGCUUCUGGAGGAACCUGCAUGGGGUUGGUUCAGUCACUAUCUUGUGGUGCGUCGAGUGACGCAGGAACGGAAUAACCACGAGCUUUAUGCUUCGCUGCUCAAGACGCUAGAGAAACCACCCCUCUGUGACAUGGUUGUGGAGGAAACAUACAAGAACAUACAGAUUCUACUCCACGCAGAAGGGACUCCCGCAUCCCAAACCGAUCGUAAUGCCCUCAAGGCCUUGGGCAGCUGGCUCGGACGGAUGACGCUUGCUAAGAAUAAACCUAUUCGUCACAAAGAUUUGUCCUUCAAGGAUUUGCUUUUGGAUGCAUAUGACCGUAACAAGCUCAUUCUUGCCAUUCCUUUAACGUGCAAAGUACUACAAGAAGCCCAAGAAAGCAAGAUAUUCAAACCACCAAAUCCAUGGCUGAUGAGGAUAUUGAAGCUGUUGGCAGAACUCUACUGGCAUGAAGAUUUACGUUUGAAUCUAAAGUUCGAGAUCGAACUUUUAUACAAGACACUAAACUUGGACUUAAAUGAAAUUGAGCCUACAGCAUUACUAGAAGAGAGGCAACAACAGCAGCAACAGCGACUGCAGAAGCAGCAGCAGCAGCAACAACAACAGCCUGGCCCUCCUGGUCUCAACGGCAUAGAAGCAGAGCAUGAGCAGCCUCAAAUAUUGUCGCAAAUGUCAACAAGCGUACCUGCUCCUUUUCAGGCCAAGCUUGAUGAUAUUCGUGACGAUGAUCAACGGAUUUGGCCCGGAGGUAUCAUCAAAAUCUCGCAAAAAGAUACGAUAUUUUCAUUAGUAUUUACCAAUGAUGAAGAGAAACCCUUCAAUAUCGACGUGUCAUCUUUAAUGACCAGACUGCAGUUCAGCCCUUCUGUGCUUCAUACCUUUGAACAGCAACCAAUCACCAAGAGAAUUGUGUUCAAUGCUAUUUCAGAAUCCUAUAAAAAGGUCGCAUCCCCGGCUAUUGCAACAGCUGCGAACAUCGCAUGCACUUCUGCAAGACACCUUGUAUUAAAGGACUUUGCCACAGAUUCCGAUGAGAUGAAGCUGAAACGGGCAGCACACAGAAUGGUGGGCACAUUGGCUGGCAGUCUGUCAGUGGCAACUUGUAAAGAGCCGUUGUGUAAUAGCAUCAUCAAUACAAUUCGGGCACAGUUUUCUCAAAUUCAGCUUCCAGAGGCUGCUGCAGAUGAAAUUGGCGGAUCCGUGAUUUUGGAUAAUAUGGAUUUAAUGGAAGCGUUUGUUGAUCAACUUGGCCAAAUGCGUGCUAUUAAUGAAGUUGAUAAGGUGAUUGCUGCUUCGUACAACAGCCGACGAGUGCACAGAGAGCAACAAAUCCGGGCCCCUUAUUUUGAUGUACUGAGCUUCCAAGGAUCGCCACACAAUAUCAGUCUACCAGAGGCAUUGCGACCGAACUCUAGCCUUGAUCCGGAACAGAUGCAUGUUUAUGAUGCAUUUGACCAGUUGCCGAUUCAUGCAACUGAAGCGAGAGCUGCAAAUUUUCCUGAUAAUGGCUUAGUGGGCAAUCAUCCGUCGAGAUCACCAGGAGAAUCAGUUACUUCUCCUCGUCAUGAUAAUGGUGCUGUUGCUGGCGGUGCUGGCAGUUCGGACGUAAAGUCGGAGGCAUUACUGGCAGAGAUGGACCGUUAUGUUCGACAAGCAUCCAGCGCCAACGUACAAAAAUUCAAAGAGCUUCCCCCAGACCAUGACCUUUAUCAGUUUUUGCGACAACUUUUCAUGUUCCUUCGCGACAACGGUAUACCGGCCCAACACAUGCAAACGUUUACUGAAAAGGUUGCUUUGGCUCUCUAUGAGAGUAACAACUUGGUUACACUCGAGGCAUACACCGUCUUACUGCAAAUCAUUCUCGAGCUAUAUCCCAUAAUUGCUAAAGAGGUGAUCGGCUGGCUCAUGUAUGCUGAUGACGAGCGCAAAUAUAAUGCCCAAGUAACUGCAAUGUGUAUGUCUUAUGACUUGAUACCGAUGGAAGAAUACGAUAUUCAGUUAUCUCGAUUGAUUCGUGCCAAGGCCGACGGUGUUAUGGAUUAUGCAGCAACACUGAUACGACUUUGUCUACUUGCAAACAAUCAAGACUCAGUUUUGGAAGAUCAUGUUCUGACGGUUGCAGCUUUGAAUCAACUGGUUCAUGACGGAGAAGCACCUCCUUCAGUUCUCACUGUUAUUUCAGAUCUACGAGCUCAAUAUGAGAAACCAUACAUGCGCGUUAAAAGCUCUGGACUGGAUUAUUUGGAAUUGAGGAUGAUGUUGGCCGAAUGGACACGAUUUUGCCUACAUCCGUUGUCAUCUGAAGCUAUGUUGGAUUCAUUCGCUUCUCAGAUUUUGAAGAAGAUCACGGCUAGUAAAGAAAAGCAAAGUGCAUUCUUGAGAUUAUGCAUCCAAACAUCAAUCCAGCAAUAUCUGACGUUCUGUACCUUACCGCUGCCACAGCAAGCGCGAAUGAAGGAAUCGACUGACUCUGUCGCAAAACUUGUUGCUUGUAUGGUUUCGGUUCAAGCAACCAAGAAGGGUCAUCCGGAAGCUGCAGCGAAACUUCUAACCGAUGCCUUGUCGGUUUGCGUUUUGCUGCUUGCUCAUUGUCAUGAAGUCCAAGGACGCGAAUUUGACCAACGACCUUUCCUUCGCUUGUUUAUUUCAUCCUAUAUCGAAGUGAGCAAGAAGGCACCUGCCCUUAAUCCGGUGGUGUCGUUCAGUGAAAUUCUCUACAGCAUCAGACCUACUGUAUUGCCUGGAUUUGCUUUCUCCUGGCUGCAAUUUAUUUCCCACCGUGUGUUGCUCUCUGACCUUCUGGCCGGUAGCGAUCCGGAACGCUGGAAACUUUGCCGUAAACUUAUCGUUGUCUUGCUCGACUUUUUGGGCAUGAUCGUCGAUGAAGGCGGUCUUGGUGCACAGUCCGCUCAGCUGUUUUAUCGCAGCACACUGCGUACAUUAGUCGUGCUGUUGCAUGAUUUUCCCGAGUUCCUCAGCCAUUAUUAUAUGGAAUUUGUUACGGUGAUUCCAUACAGCUGUGUGCAAAUUCGCAAUUUGAUUUUAAGUGCCUUCCCAAGAACCAUGCGCUUACCGGAUCCCUCAGCGCCGGAUAUGGAACUGGAUGGAUUACCCGAAUACAACGAGAACCCGGACAUUUCAACAGACUAUGUUAAAUUGCUUUCACGUACUACUACCGAUGUGGAUGGUGACGAUAGCGACGCUGACGGUGACAUCAAUAGCAGCGGCCAAACAGAACUAAUCAAAUCACAAGCAGUUCGGUAUCUUCAAGGCAAUGACGUGGCAAUCAGAACAGAAGACGACAACAUGUCCUUCGUUGACGAGGCACUACAAUUUUUGAAGAAGGACCUUAGCAAGUCUACUGAUCCUGAUGCAUCUGUGCCCUAUCAUGCUGACCGUAUGGAGGCUUUGGUCUUAUUCCUCGGCGUACAGACGAUCGAAGCCGACAGUAUUUCAUACGAAAAUAUCGGCUCGAACCCAGCUGUGCUGGUGUAUAUAUACCUGCUAGAGCAAAUGUCCCCGCAAGGGCGAUAUCUGCUUCUCAAUACAAUUGUUGAUCAAUUGAGAUAUCCAAAUACUCAUACUUACUUUUUCCGCACCGUGGUGCUCCAUCUCUUUGCUACUCAAGCCGAAGAUGUCAAGGAAAAUAUCACCAGAGUUCUAUUGGAACGAUUGAUUGUGAAUCGUCCCCAUCCUUGGGGUUUGCUUGCUACUUUUAUUGAACUGCUGAGUACUCCAAACUUUUGGCAGCAUAACUUCAUCCACGCAGCACCUGAUUUUGAACGGCUAUUCGAUAAUGUUUCGAGGUAUUUAUUUCUCUAA